AUGGCACCGUCACCCGCCCCAACUGGCAAGUCGUCAGGACUACCGAAGACGCCUACUAAGCUCUCCCGUCGUCCACAAGGCCAGACUCCACAGUCUAGCACAGCUCGCAAGUCCACUCCGUCAAGCAUAAAGACCGGCGCGCAACCAAAAUCAACUCCCACCAAGCCCAAGAUUGAAGGCCCUGCUUCUGAUGAUGAGCACGUCGAAGACACGACCGACAAAGCCAUUCAGAUGAAGGAAGAGGACAACGACGACGCGGAAGAGGAAGACGAAGAAGCUGCCGAUGAUGCUACCCAAAAGGUUCGUGGCACAGCCGAGUCGACAGGAGACGUCGCUGAAGACCAAGAACAAUCUCGUGAUCAAGCUCAGCCAAAGGGCAAGAAGGGCGGUAGUCUUCUAUCAGGUGCGCGAAGCCUUGCCAGACAAGCAGGCAAUCUGGCUGGUCGGCCUGGCAGCGCCGGUGAAGAGCCAGGCACGGAUGACAAGAACAAGAAGACCGAAAAUGCCAAAGCCACUGCUGGAGAUGCCACCAAGAAGGCUAAAGAUGAUGUCAAAUUUGACCAAUCCACCAAGGGCGGCAAGGGUGACAACAAGCAAACUGACAAGUCAAGUCAGCAAUCUACCGAACAAGAUGUCGAUGAAUCCAAGAAAGUCGCAGGCGAGGGCACCGACGAAGCAGAGGAGACCGUCGAUGGCGCAGAUGAUGCGACUGAAGAUGCGACUACAGAGGAUGCAUCCGACGAAGAAAAGCCUGAAGAAGUCCAGGAACUUCCAAUCGAUCUCUCUGUCCUCCAAGGUCUUGAGGUGCGCGCGGAUGGCAACGUUUAUGAUCACGACGACCAGAUCAUUGGCACGCUUGUAGAAGGCGAUGCCGAAGACCUUGAAGGCUACAAGAUCAAUGAAUCUGGUGAGAUCGUCGAUGAGGAUGACGACCUUGUUGGAGUUGUUGAACUCACUCCUGAGACCAUCAAGAAGCAACUGCGUGCCAUCAGAGAGGAAGGCGGAGAGCUUCCCCAGGCUGCUCUCAAAUAUCUGGAUGAAUCUGACGAGGACGAGGAGCAUAAUCUCCCAAGCGUAUCUGUUCUGAAAGGCUUGAAGACCGGCAUCGAUGGGAUCGUAUACGACGAAGAGGGUAACACCAUUGGUAGAGUCGUAGAAGGUGACCCAGAAAAACUCCAGGAUGCUGAACUCAACGAGCAAGGCGAGUUUGUCGAUGAUGAAGGAAACGUAGCGGGCCGUGGCGAGGUUCAUGAGGAUGCCGAGGCUCUCGUAGAGCAAGGCAUUUACGAAGCAGCCCGCAAAGGCGACGACGAAGCGGCAGAAGUCUCAGAUGAGGCUCAGGCUGACGCUCCUGAGAUUGAAGAUCAACUUCCAGGAAUCGAGGCUCUCAAGGGAAUGUCGCUGGACGAGAUCGGCGAGAUUCAUGACGAAGAAGGUAAUAUUCUGGGCGGCGUCAAGAAUGAAGAAUUGAAGCAGCAAAUCGCAGACGGUGAGAUCGACCCUACCACACUCAAGAUCGAUGAACAAGGUCAGAUCCUCGACGAGGACGACAAUGUUGUCGGCAAUGUCGAGAUCGCUCAAGAAGCCGCCCAAAGCUCCAAGUUGCACGACCUUCGAAUUCUCAACGGCAAGAAAAUCAAUAGCAAGGGCGUUAUCCUCGAUGAUGAGGGUGCAAAGAUUGGUGAGCUCAGCAAUGGUAAUCUCGAAGAUUGCAAGGGCAAGAAAGCCAAUGAAAAGGGCGAGGUCAUCGACAAGAAGGGAAAUGUUGUUGGCAACGUCCGUGUCAUUCCCGGUGAAGCUGCUGAAAACGCCACACGCGAGCUUCUCGAGGAGCUUGGCGAAGACCUGGAGGAUGAGGAGCAAGAUCAAGUGGAGGAUCAGGUCGAUAGCGAAGUCGAAGCACAAGCUGAAGAUGCCGAGACCAAAUCUGAACUUGGCGAUGAGGAUGAUGAAGCUGAUCAAGAGACGCCUGCUGUUUCCAUUCUCGAAGGCCUCAAAGUCAACAAGAAGGGCCAGGUUCUCAAUGAAGAUCGUGAGCCGAUCGGCGAAUUGACUGCUGGCGAGCUCAAGCAAUGCGCCGGAAAGAAGAUCAAUGCAAACGGCGAAGUGCUCGACAACGAUGGCAAGUCGGUCAUCGGCCAUGUCCGCACUCUGCCAGAACAGCCUCAGAACCCUGGCGUCUCCGUUCUGGAAGGUCUGAAGGUCAACAAGAAGGGCCAGGUUCUGAAUGAGGACGGCGAGCCCAUCGGCGAGCUCACUGCAGGCGAGAUCUCGCAAUGCGCUGGCAAGAAGAUCAACGAAAAGGGCGAGGUGUUGGACAGUUCCGGUAACGUCCUGGGUUCUGUGCGUACUCUGCCUCCUCCUGACGAAGAGCCUCAAGUAGAAGCCGAGGAGGCUGAAGAGGAGGAGUUCGAUGAUGGACGACCUCCCGUCUCGAUUCUCGAAGGUCGCAAGAUCAACAAAGGCGGCAACAUCAUUGAUGAAAAUAACGUUGUCAUCGGCCAGCUGGUCGAGGGCAAUGCGAAGAAGAUCUAUGCGGCUGGACUUUCUGCCGAUGACCAAGGUCAAUUCUGGGACAAUCGUGGUCAUGUCAUCGGCCGAGCAGAGACUGUCGCCAUCGAGGACCCCGAGCAAGAGCCUGAAUUCGCUGGUCUCGAAGGUCUGAGAGUUGUCGAGGGCGGCUUUGUCCAAGAUGUCAACGGUAACACUGUCGGCUACGUCACUGAAGGAGACCAUAAGAAGCUCAUUGGUCGUUCUGUCGACGAGGACGGCGAUAUCAUUGACAAGCAAGGCUCCACCGUUGGCAAAGCCAAGCGUUACGAGGAAGAAGAGCAGCCCGAGGAGACGCCUGAUGAUCUCUCAUUUCUCAAGGGCAAGACCGUCACUCCUGGCGGCUAUGUCAUGGACGACGACGAUGAAAUUCCUCUCGCUCGCGUGAUCGAGGGUCACCCGAAGAAAUUGGCAGGCAAGCAACUCGACGACCAAGGUCAGAUCUGGGGCAACGGCAAAGUCAUCGGCCGUGUUGAGCUCAUUCCCGAAGACGAGCGUGAGGAGAAAGGCGACGGUCCAUUCGCUGGCUUGAAGGGUCUUUCUGUCAUCGAAGGUGGCCUCGUGGCUGAUCAAAAUGGCAACGUCGUUGGUGAGGUCACCGAAGGCGAUCGGAAGGGUCUGGUCGGCUUGAAUGUUGAGGAAUCUGGCGAGAUCCUCAACAAGUAUGGUGAAGACGAGGCGCCUGUCGACAACAGCGCUCUUGAAGGCAAGAAGUUGAACAAGAGUGGCUUUGUCAUGGACGGCGAUGUGCGCAUCGGCCGUCUCGUCGAAGGCAACCUCACUGAACUUGUUGGCCGCAUGUGCGAUGAGAACGGUGUAAUCCAUGGCGAUACCGGCAAGCCUGUGGGUCAGUGCAUGAUCCUGCCCGAAAAUGAGCGUGUCACCCGCUCCGAGGGAGUUUUUGAUGGCCUUGAGGGCCUGCGCGUGGUCAAGGGCGGCAAAGUUGAGGACAUUUACGGCAACGUUGUUGGAGAGAUCAUCGAGGGUGAUCCGAAGCGCUUGGUGGGAAUGCACGUCGAUGAGGAAGGCGAAAUUGUUGACAAGUACGGCAAUGUCAAGGGCAAGGCGCAGCCUUGGUCUGAAGAAGACCCAGAAGCUGUUGACCUCUCAAGCCUCAAGGGUACGACCAUCAACAGCAAGGGCUACGCAGUCGAUGGUAGUGGCCAAGUUCUCGGCCGCAUCGUCGAUGGUGAUCCGAGUAUCAUGGAAGGCAAGAAGGUCGACGGAGAGGGACAGGUCUGGGAUGAUGCUGGGAACGUUAUCGGACAUUGUGAGCUGGUGUCUGGCAUCGCUCGAGAUGAAGGACCGUUUGCUGGCUUCGAGGGUCUACAGAUCAAUAAGGACGGAUCCAUCACUAAUCCUGGCGGGGAUAUCGUCGGUCGCAUCAUCGAGGGUGACAUCAAGAAGCUCCUCGGACAUCAAGUCUCCGAGAACGGUGACAUCAAUGACAAGAACGGCAACCGUAUCGGCAAGGCUGAGCGCUGGGAGCCCGAGGAGAAGGAACGUCGCGCCAACCCAAUGGCCGGCAUGCGCGUGAACAAGGAAGGCGAAGUCCGUGAUGAGAAUGGUGAUCUCAUCGGCCGCCUCACUCAGGGCAAUCUUGGCCAUUGUGUCGGACAAGAGAUUGAUGAUGCUGGAAAUGUCGUCGAUGUGGACGGCAACAAGAUUGGCGAAGUCACACUCCUUGAGAACAUUGACGAGGAAACUUACGAAGGCCCGACCGAGGAAGAACUCGCCGAAGCGGCACAGCGCGACAAGGAGCGCGAGAUUGCUGAAAAGAUGGGCACCAUCUGUCAGCAGACUCUCGAACGCAUGCAACCUAUCUGUAAGCAGAUCUCAGACUACAUGGAAAAGGCCGACCGCACGCCUCGUGACGAGCUUGACGAGGAGGAUCUUGUGAACAAAGUCAAGCCACUCAUUGAGGAAGGUGGUCGUAUCCUCCAAGAAUGCAAUGGCUCUCUCCGAGGCCUUGACCCCGACGGUAAGAUCGCCGCUCAAGCCAAGGGUCGCGCCGGCACAGGUGAGGCCACGCCUGAGGAAUACCGCCUCGCCGAGACGCUGAAGGAACUCACCACUACCGUCGUCAAGUGUAUCGACGAUGCGAAGAAGAAGCUCAAUUAUAUGCCGCACGCCAAGAAGAAGCUCAGCCCGCUGUGGGCGCUCAUGACGCAGCCUCUGUUCCAGAUCCUCGCGGCGGUAGGCUUACUACUCGCCGGUGUCCUUGGGCUUGUUGGACAGCUGCUCAACGGGUUGGGGCUUAGUUUUCUGGUGAAUGGGCUAUUGGGUGGACUGGGCAUCAACAAGCUUCUUCGGUCCUUCGGCCUGCCGGAUCUCGGUGGACCGAAGAAAAAGAGCACGGGAAAGAGUGCGCUUUCGAACGUCCCGCUCGUUGGCGGACUCAUUGGUGGAAAGUAG